AACCGUCAUUUUCCUACGCACCCUCUGACAUCAGCCACCUUCUCUGUAGCGACAGUUUUCUCUGCACUCAAAUUAAUCUGGGCGAUGAAAAAUGAACCUCUCCCCCACCCUAGCUGCCGCCUUUCGCCUCACGCCCCCAGAGAAGAGUUUCUCCGCCAGGAAGCCGGUGAAGGUUUUUUUCCAAGUCACAUGAUCCAGGAUGCAGGGGGAGAAUCCUUCUUGGAACAGAGAUGGGCCCAGAACCGGAUCAGAUGAGGAGAGAUAAGGUGUGAUGCGGGGCAGCCUAUAUAAAGAAUGGACCCAGGGCUGCAGCGAGCACGCAGCCCCAGAGCCCCUGGCCCAGACCCAGCCAUGCACGUGCCGCCAGAACCCGUGGCCAGCCACUUGGGAACCACGACCCGCAACUACUUCUGCUUCACCACCGCCACGCUGGCUCUGUGUCUCAUCUUCACUGUGGCCACCAUCAUGGUGCUGGUGGUUCAGAGGACGGACUCCGUUCCCAGCCCGCCUGACAACUUCCCUCUCAAAGGAGGAAAUUGCUCAGAAGACCUCUUAUGUAUCCUGAAAAGGGCUCCAUUCAAGAAGUCAUGGGCCUAUCUCCAAGUGUCCAAGCAUCUCAACAAUACCAAGUUGUCUUGGAACAAAGAUGGAAUAGUCCAUGGCGUCAGAUACCAGGAUGGGAAUCUGGUGAUCCAGUUCCCAGGAUGGUAUUUCAUCAUCUGCCAGCUGCAGUUUCUGGUUCAAUGCUCAAAUCAUUCCAUGGACCUGAAGUUGGAGCUCCUCGUCAACACAGAGGUCAAAAAACAGGCCCUGGUAACAGUGUGCGAGUCUGGAAUACAAACCAAAAACAUAUACCAGAAUCUCUCCCAAUUCUUGCUGGACUACUUGCCAGUCAACACCACCAUAUCAGUCAUGGUGGAUAAAUUCCAGUAUGUGGAUACAAACACCUUUCCUCUUGAGAAUGUGUUAUCCGUUUUCUUAUACAGUGGUUCAGACUGAGAAAUUUCUCUUGGCCUGCAGAAGAAAAUGGUAUUUCAUCCAUUCGUCCCAACACUUGGGCAAAAAGAAAAUGUUAGAACAAGACUGAACUCGCAAAGGGUAUUAAGUAGUAUACGUGUCCUUCUGUCUGUUGGGAAGAUACAGCUCCAGGGUUAAAAAAGGGAAGUAUUUUUCAGGUAGAAGACAGGGAAGCAGUGUGGUGUGGUGGAAAGAGCCCUAACUCUCUGGGCCUUGGAAGGGAGUGGGUUGUCCCAACCCAAGCAUUCAUUCACUAUUUAACCUUGAGCUAUGCUUUCCCCUCCUGGAAUUCAGACUCCAGAUCUGAAAAAUUAGGGGAUUUGGUUUGAAUCUGUCCAAAGUUUCCUUCACCUCAGAAGAUCAGACAUGUGAGUUGAAAUUCCAGGCAGAGAUCUGAAAGGUCCCAACCAAAGGAAGGCCCCACCUACCAGUAUGAACUGAUGGUAUCACUAACAUCCGACUGCAUGUCAUCCCAGCAAGUCAGAAUGUGGGGACAAUGUUCACCUGCCUUGCAGAAUAUGCCAUGUGUUCAGCAAACACCCCACCAGCUUGCAAUGGCCAAGGUGAUAUGGUCAUUUAGCCAGGGAACAGCUGCUGUCAUCUCCUGCAUGAUAUAUGGCUGUUUUAUACUUCAAAUAACCCUUAGAAAAUCAGUUCUGUGAUGGACUUUUAAGUCCUGACGAAGUUGUUGAUAGACAAUGGUGAUGCUGGAAAUGCAGAGAACGUAGGAGCCUGGCAGCCUCCUGACCUGAUUUGGGCAGCUGGGAGAGUUCUCCAGCUACAUCAAGUUUGACACUCCCGCAUCAUCUUUCAAAGAGCGCCUUAUUUGUUGGAGGACUUUGACAAACGUCGGAGUUGGAAGUGUAGACCCCUGAGGAUAGAGUUGAGUGAGAAAAGAAGACCGUCUGCUGCUGCGCAGAAGAGUGGAGCAAACGUUCAUUUUCUCAAGAAGGGAAAAGGUCUAAAAAAGAAGAAGAAGAAGAAGGCCAGGCGCCGUGG